GUCAUUGUACUUCAGGAAUCCUGUGUGUUUGCCUUUCUGCAGCGAAGCCUCCUGGUAAAUUAUUCAGACGACACAUCGGUACGGUUUGUGGAAACACUUUGCCAGCUGUGAUUUGUACCGGUGGCGAAGUGUUUCUUUUUGUUUGAAGCGAAGCCAGACACUAAGUUUACUCUGUAAAGGGGAAGAAGAAUCAACCAUGAGUUACCCUUGGUUUUUUUCAGUUGAGACCUGGACCCUGCUUUUGCUGUUCUUAACACUGAUUAUUCUCUACGGUUAUCGGCCUUAUGGAUUUUUUAAAAAGCUGGGAAUUCCAGGGCCAAAACCAAUCCCAUAUUUUGGAACACUUCUGGAAUAUCGCAAGGGUUUCUACAAUUUUGAUUACGAGUGUUUCAAAAAAUAUGGAAAAAUAUGGGGAUUUUAUGAUGUCAGACAACCUAUACUGGCUAUUAUGGACCUAGAAAUUAUCAAAACUAUACUGAUCAAAGAGUGCUACUCUCUCUUCACCAACAGAAGAAAAAUUGGUCUGAAUGGUCCCCUGUAUGAUGCUGUCUCCGUUGUUGAAGAUGAGGAAUGGAGAAGAAUUCGCACCUCCCUCUCACCAUUGUUCACCAGUGGUCGGCUGAAGGAAAUGUUUCCAAUCAUGGACAAACAUUGUAACACCCUAGUGAAGAGUCUGCAGAGGAAGGCUGAGAGGGACGAAGCAGUGGAAAUGAAGGAGUCUUUUGGGGCCUAUAGUAUGGACGUUGUCACCAGCACAGCUCUCAGUGUCGACAUUGACUCUCUCAAUAACCCCAAAGACCCCUUUGUGACCAACAUUAAAAAGCUGUUCAAAUUUGACUUCUUCGAUCCUCUGUUUCUCAUCGUAGCAUUUUUCCCUUUCAUCGUUCCACUCCUAGAGAAACUGAAUUUUUCCUUCUUCCCAUCAUCCGUGACUGAUUUCUUUUAUGCCUCUCUUCGGAAAAUAAAAGCAGAACGUAAAACUAAAGUUCACAAGAAUCGUGUGGAUUUACUUCAGCUGAUGGUAGACUCUCAAAUACCAGAAAAUGGAAGCGCCAAAAAUGAUAAUGAGUCACUGAAAGGGCUGACAGACCAUGAGAUUCUGUCCCAGUCCAUGAUCUUCAUCUUUGCUGGCUAUGAAACAAGCAGCACCUCUCUCACUUUCCUUGCAUACAACCUGGCCACUAACCCAGACGUCAUGAAAAAGCUGCAAAAUGAGAUUGACAAAGUCUUUCCAAAUAAGGCCCCGGUGACAUACGAUGAGUUGAUGCAAAUGAAGUACCUGGACAUGGUCUUCAACGAAACAAUGAGGAUUUUCCCUGUUGGAGGACGUAUUGAGAGGGUUUGCAAGAAGACUGUAGAGAUAAAUGGCAUCACUAUUCCCAAAGAUACUAUUGUCAUGAUUCCAAUAUACCCCCUACACCGUGAUCCUGAUCUCUGGACAGAUCCUGAAGUCUUCAAGCCUGAGAGGUUUUGUAAGGAAAACAAGGAGAGCAUAGACCCAUAUGCAUAUAUGCCAUUUGGAGCUGGUCCACGAAAUUGCAUUGGGAUGAGGUUUGCCAUUGUCCUAAUAAAACUGGCUAUUGUGGAGAUACUUCAGAACUUCAGCAUUGUGACCUGCAAAGAGACUGUGAUACCACUCGAGCUGGAUGUUCAAGGAUUUCUUAGACCUAAACAUGCAGUAAAGCUGAAACUCGUCCCACGCUGAUACAGCUGUGUGAAGGACAAAUUUCGCUUAAUGGACCUAUUCACUAU